AUGUCUGAAAUAAUUUCUAGCGAAAAGACUCGCCUGCGCGUCGAACGCGCGUCACGGUCCGCGUAUCGCGCGCGCUCCGACUCGAAACGCUUCGCGUCGCCUCUUCAUCCAUCCGCAGUCCGCGGCAUGCCGCCCUCCUUCCUCGCCGCCCUCCCCGCGCGCGGCGCUUUCACCGAGACCGAACACAAACCAACGCCUUCCGCGAGCGACUUACGUCCGUACGUCCACAGAGGAACGCACGGAGACGAAUCAACAUCAAAAGAGUCUUCAGAUUCAAUCAGAGUGCGCACCGACGGAACGAACAUCUUAAUCCGUCAGCUCUCGCAGACGCGCGCGCGGGCAGAGGCGAAGCGCAGAGCGCUACGGGCGAAGGCGGCGAGCGAGGCGAAGGCGCGGACAGAGGCGAUCGCGGCGGAGGCGAAGCGGGUGGAGCGCGAACGGAGCGCGGCGUUGGAGCGCGCGAGCGGGACGCGCGAGCCAAAGAGAGAGGACGCGACGACGCAGGGGGCGGAGAAGGGCGGUGCGGGGGCGAAUCCGUUCAGUCGGAAGCGCGCGGCGUCGGGUGAGGACGCCGGUGCGCGAGCUGGGGGGUCGGCGAAGCGUGGGAGAGGAUCGACGUAA